UAGAUCCAACCCAAAAGCGCAGCGCCUUCGACCAGGCCGAGUUGGGACGGUCCACGACACACACACGAUCUUCUCCAUCGACGGCGCGCCGGCGGCGAUGGCGGCGCGGAAGCUCAUCUUCGGCCUCACAGCAGCAAGGCGAGCCAGUUCUCGGGCCCCUGUACUCCUCCGGGCCUCACCCCUCCUGGAAGCCUCCACUUCUGCCUCCCACACCACCGCCGCCGCGACGAAGCCGUCAGGUGGAUCGCCGUGGGCGCUGCUCUUCUCCUCUAGGGUCUUCUCGUCGACCCCUCCGGCUCAACAGUCCGCCGGAGAUGUGCCCGCCCCAUCCGCGGUGGACCACAAGUUGAUAAUGCCAGAGGAUAAGUUCCAUAAAUUAGCAGAUGAUACAAUACAUGAUUUGCUUGAAAAACUUGAGGAAUAUGGUGAUUCUCAGCAGAUGGAUGGCUUCGACAUAGAUUAUGGGAAUCAAGUUCUAACAUUGAGGCUAGGCGAUUUGGGGACCUAUGUUGUAAACAAGCAAACGCCAAACAGACAAAUCUGGCUAUCUUCACCUGUGAGUGGGCCUGCUAGAUUUGACUGGGAUGCAGCAACAGACAGUUGGAUUUAUAGGCGGACUGGAGUAAAUCUCAUGCGACUUCUAGAGAAGGAGAUCGGUGAGCUCUGUGGAACUCCAGUAGACCUUUCAUAAAGGGAUAGGAAAAUGCCACAUAGCUAAGUCCAAUGGGGCAUACAACAUUUCGAGGGAGUAAACGAGAUGAUGUCUUUCAGUAUGUUGAUCCUGCCAAGUGAACCAACAGAGUUGUUGUACUGCACAUUUUUGCACCAUAUGCUCGUAUGCGUUGCCUAAUAAGAGGUCUGGUUUUCGUCGAUAGCGGGACAUAGGCCUGUGAUACUUCAUGUUAUAUAAUCAACCGUUUGCGUGCUGUGAUCUGUGUUUUAUAA